UCACUUCAUGUGUUUUGAAGCUCUGCGAUUUGUUGCAAACUAUUUAGGAUUUUUAUGUCUUGUUGGAGGGACUCUUGUAGUAUCAUACUUUUCUUUGUUGAGACGUCUUGCCCCUGAUAAUUUUCUUUGUUGAGGCGUCUACUUUAUCUGAUAUUAGUGUAGCCACUCCGGCUGUGCUUUGGUCUUUGAAGAGCAUAUCUUUCCCCAUCUAUUUACUUUUUAAUCUUUUAACUUACCUAUAUCAUUAUAUUUGAAAUGAGUUUGUUGUAGACAGUGUAUAUAGUUCGUUCAUUUUAAUGCACUCUGCCAGUCUCUGUCUUUUAUUGUGUAUUUAGACCAUUUACACUUAAUGUAAUUGUCAAUAUGGUUGGACUUAAGUGUGCCAUCUUAUUAUUUUUUUUCUGUUUGUUCUCUUUGUUUUUCUUGUGCUGUUUCCCGUUUCCUGCCUCCUGUAGUUUACUUGAAUAUUUUUUAGUUUUCCAUUUUGAUUUGUCGUAUAUAUUUCUGAGUAUAUCUGUUUGUAUAGCUCUUUUAGUGGCUGCAUUACAAAUUACAGCCCACUUGUGUGGGCAUUUUACCACCUCAAGUGAAAGGGAGAAACCACCACCAUUAGGUUUCAUUUUCAUCGCCCCUUUAUAUUGCAGUUGUCUUAAAUGUACAUAGCUUGAGAACUACAUUAAUGAUAGGAUUUUUUUUUUACAGUCAUCUAACAUUUUAAAUAACUCAGAAGGAAACAUUUAUCCACAUGUUACCUACCCAUUUUUUUUUCUUCAUUCCUGAUGUUCCAGGUUUCCUUGUAUCUUUCCUUUAUACUUGAAGAGUUUUUGUUGUUGUUUUAACAAUUAUCUUAAAGUGCUGGUGACACAUUCUCUUAGUAUUUUUUCAUUUGAGAAUAUCUUUAUUUCACCUGUAGUCCUGAAGGUUGUUUUUGUUGGAUAUAGACUUCUGGGUUGAAAAUUCUUUUCUUUCAGCACCUGAAAAAUGUGACAGACCUUCGUAGUUUCUGAAGAAUAAUUCACUGCCAUCUGAACUUCGGUCAUUAUCUAUACCUGGAACUUACCAAGAAAAGAUUACUCACCUAGGAAAUUCUUUGAUGAAUUUAACAGGUCUAAAAUCUUUAGAUCUCUCGCGCAACUCCUUGGUUAGUCUAGAGGGCAUUCAGUACCUGGCUGCAUUGGAAAGCCUCAAUCUCUACUACAACUGCAUUUCCUCGCUAGCAGAAGUGUUCCGGCUCCACUGCUUGACUGAACUCAUGGACGUGGACUUCCGACUAAACCCUGUGGUGAAGAAUGAGUCCGAUUACCGCCUCUUUGUUGUGCACAUGCUCCCAAAGCUCAGGCAGCUGGAUGACCGCCCUGUGAGAGAGAGCGAGCGGAAAGCAUCGCAGCUGCAUUUUGCUUUGGAAGAGUCACUUGACUCCGUACACAGCUUCCCAGCUAUUUGCAGAGUUGGAAGACCACACCCCUCCAGAGCUAAGUGCACUGACCCCUCAGCCAAGAAGUGCUUGGUCAUGGAUGCAGAUGAUGAGGCGGUCCUGAACCUCAUUGCCGAGUGCGAGUGGGACUUGAGCAACCCUCCUAGGAGUACAAGUUCUAGCCAGAAGGAGCGAGAGGAUGACUUCCAUAGUUCCCAAGAAUCCAGACAUCUAUUGAGUCCUCACUCAGUGCAGCACCAGUGUGGGGACUGCAUAAAGAAGGGCCACGAGAAGCGAAAAAGCUGCUCCAGAGAGUGUUGUCCAGAAAAGAGGCUUCAGAACCAGUACUGUGGAGAGCUCCCGCCACAGCAGGGAGACCAGCCCGAGGUCUGCUGCUCCUUCAGGCAGCACGUGCACUUCCCCCCACACCCAGACUCCGCAGACACUGAGGACUCAGCCUCCUCUUCUCAGAAGUCAAGUUUGUCAACACAAAAAGUAUUAAAUCCUUUGCCUGCUCUCGAAAAGUACAGGAAGCGAAGAAUGCCUGGUGGGAGAUUCCAGGCACCUGCAGACCAGGAGUGUAUUAGCUGCCUGGAGAAGAGUCUGGGCAGGCAGAAUGGCUCCGAGGGCAGGAGCGAAAGGGCCUUUUCUCAUCUGGAGGUAUCUGAGCCUGAAGAGCAGAGGCCCCACAGCACAAGUGGCGCCAGGGAGGUGUCUCCCAAAUUGCACCCAGCUGUGCUGCCUGGGAAGCAGGCGACCCUGGAGGUGGCCCUCCUUGAAGCACUCCUUGACCUGGUGGACAGGUACUGGAGUGGCUGCAAGUCCCUGCAUAGCAACGAGGUGUUCCUGGCUCAGGCAAGGCAUAUUUUGUCAUCUGUUCAAGAGAUUACAGCAACUCAGGACAGUUCAGCAAUUGUGAAUGAAGAAAUUAGCUACUUGACUCUUGAAAAUAAAUCUUUGCAAAAUCACCUUGUUGAACAACAGCAGCAAUAUAGUGAAAAGAUGAGUGAGGUUGUAUCGGAGCUCAACAACACUCGGAAAGAGAUGGAUGACUUGAGGCAACAUUUAGACAAAUCUUUGGAGGAGAAUAGUAGCUUAAAGUCUCUUUUGUCCAGCAUGAAAAAAGAAGUAAAAAAUGCAGAUGCUUCAGCUGCCUUAAAUGUGCAGAUCACUGGGCUUCAAACAAACGUGAAGAGGCUCUCCGGUGAGAUCGUGGAAUUGAAGCAGCAUCUGGAACACUAUGACAAGGUCCAGGAGCUCACACAGAUGCUGCAGGAGAGCCACAGUUCCCUGGUCAGCACCAACGAGCACCUCCUGCAGGAGCUGGGCCAGGUGAGGGCUCAGCACAGGGCCGAGGUGGAGCAGCUGCACUGGAGCUACAAGGAGCUCAAGAAAACCAUGGCCUUGUUCCCGCUCAGCAGCGCCCGCCUCGGUGGCUGCUCCUAAACCUGACCUUCCAAGCAGUGUGGUGUGCAUGUGUGUAUUUUUACCUGGCGUACUUGAUGAGAGUUGUUUCUUCUGUUUGCAGUUAUCUUGUGAGCUCUGAAAUGUAUUUAGGGCCCACAGUUCAGUUUUCUAAAACAUUUUAAAAAGACAGGAUUAAUCCAGGCCCUUCACAUGUUUUGAGACAAAACACAUUGACACUUAAGACAAACAGAUUAUUAAUUUUUCAUCAAAUAUCUUGUAAAGAAAAUGCAGUAUUUUUCUGCCUAAUGUAAAAGAGAACUAUGUAUGAUGUUUAAAGAAAAUAACUUAUUGUGUAACAAGCAGUUCUUAUUUAAUAAAUG